UCUCAGACAGAAGAGCCUGCACGCUGACCCAGCCUGGCCUUGCUGCCUCACUCCUCAGCCUGGUGCAGCAGGGUCCCCAAAGGGGCAGCCCACCCUCACCCCCAGGAUGCCCAGCAGAACUGUGCGCUACUCCCGAUACAGCCCCCGGCAGCGGCGCCAGCGGCUGAUGGCCUAUCGCAGUGUCCGUUUCCCCAAUGAUGUUCUCUUCUUGGACCACAUCCGCCAGGGCGACCUGGAGCAGGUGGGCCGCUUCAUCAGGACUCGGAAGGUCUCCCUGGACACUAUCCACCCCUCAGGCCUGGCUGCUCUGCACGAAGCUGUGCUCUCUGGAAACCUGGAGUGCGUGAAGCUGCUGGUCAAAUACGGAGCUGACAUUCACCAGCGUGAUGAGACAGGGUGGACACCCCUGCACAUUGCCUGCAGCGAUGGGUACCCUGACAUAGCCAGGUACCUCAUUUCCCUGGGGGCAGACCGAGAAGCAGCCAAUGAUGACGGUGACCUGCCCUCCGACCUCAUCGACCCAGACUUCAAGGACCUGGUGGAGCUCUUCAAGGGAGCCAGUGUGGACUAGACUGCCCAGCCCUGGGCUCCAGCCUCCCAUCCUCGGGCACGAUCCUGGCCCUAUACCUAUGUCUCUGGCCUGGCUUUUUCUCUAGGUCAAUUUUUUAUUGUGUGACACUUUUUACUUUUUCAAUAAAUGUUAUCCCCCA